AUGUCGAUCUCAACGCGCCAAACCACCCGACCGCGCCGCAUAGACGACGCCCUCUCACAACUAGUCGACUCCCUGACCCCCGCGCUCCCCAUAUCCGCCCUCCAAGAUGAGGAUCACUCCGACCCAGGAGAAGCCCUCGCAGCUACAGAAGAAAGGCGCCACAACACGUGCCUCGAGCGCGCCUGGCGCAUAAUCGACACACAUGUCCCCUCUAACACAGCGGACCCGGGCUCCCCCUCCGGCCGCCGCGGUAGCUUCGCCGGAACAGAUAACGUCAACAAUGCGGCGGACCUGAUAAAGCGCAAGCUGCGACGGGAGAAUGCAAGUCCCGAGCUAGCAGUCAAGUUCUCGAACAUGUAUUCCAAGCUCUUAACUCAGCCUGUUCUCUCACAGAAAUGGGGCAUUCUGUACUUACUGUAUAAGUUGUCCGAGGAGAAUGAGUUCGCGCUGGAGCAGGGCGAGCGCAGUCGGAGCCCGUUGAUGGAUGAUGGGAAUUUGCAGAAUAUGCUUGGUGGACGUGCUCCGAGGUCUAGACGUGGUACUGGGUCGAGGCCCUUUGACUCGGAGGAUGAUGAGGGGCCUGCUGCUAGUUCUUCUGCGUCGCAGAGGAUACCGCUGUCGUCUAAGCCGGAACGGCAGAGUUCACUACGUCAGGAUGGGAUGGAGCAGCUUACUGCGCGGAGAUCUGGAGAGCGAAUGCGCGAAGAGCGUGCUAGUCGUGCGGGAAAUUAUGAGGCUGUGUUCGCUGAUCGCGAGAGUGAUGGGCGCGCGGAUGUGACGUCUCCCUUGCCCUCUGCGGCUGCUACUUUUUCUCCGUCUCGCGCGGAGUCAUUUGAGAAUGGGCUUCUAAGAGACUUGCCAUUUAAUCUACAGGGGCUGUCUUCGACGAAUUUGCAGUUUCAAUCAGCCUCCUCGUUAAAGCUGCCGUCUAAUUUACCAGCGCCCAUAAUCUCUUUGCUCAACUCGUUAGCUGAGCCUUGUCUUCUCUAUAGAGGGCUAUCGGCUUUUGUGGAAACUACGGAAGGUGGACUGGUGAACCAAAGCUUACGGGCUGCUAUUGCUAACGAGUUGCGGUCAUAUCUCAGCUUAGUCGCUACAUUGGAGGCGGAGAUUCGGCAAGCACUUGCUGCCAUUGGCGAUGCUAAUGAACUCAAGGGAGUUCGAAAGGGUGGUGUUACCUUGAAACGGUGUGUUGUAUGGACAAGGGAUGCUACAAUGGCGCUCCGGUUGAUGAGUCUCAUUGUUGAAGAAUCUAAAGAUAAGAAGGGAGGCCAAUUGAUAUCCUUAAUCCAUGGAUUCUCCUCAUCCCACGGUGACCCCUUUGUGUGUGCCUUUGCAGAGAAACUGUUGGCCCAUGUAACACAACCAUUCUAUGAUAUGCUUCGGUCUUGGAUCUACGACGGUGAACUCUCUGACCCAUAUGAGGAGUUCUUUGUUGCAGAAGGGAAAGGCACAUCUGACGAGGACCCACGUCGUAUUGCAACAAGUGUUUGGGAUACCAAAUACGUUCUGGACGAAAAGAUGCUGCCCUCAAUCAUCACCGAAGAAUUUGCGAAUAAGGUCUUUCUCAUUGGAAAGUCGUUGAAUUUUAUCCGCUAUGCUUGUGGUGAUUCCGCCUGGGUAGAAGCUUAUUCCAAAGAAGCCUCAAAAGAGCUCAAGUAUGGCGACACGGCGACCCUGGAGAUUUCAAUCGAUGAAGCUUACAAAACCACCAUGGCACGUCUCAUCCAUCUCAUGGACAACAAAUUUAAGCUCUUUGAUCAUUUGCAAGCACUGAAGAAAUAUUUGCUUCUCGGACAAGGUGACUUCAUCGCCUUAUUGAUGGAAUCCCUAGCAUCAAAUCUCGACCGACCCGCAAACUCGCAGUAUCGGCAUACUCUUACCGCACAGUUGGAACAUGCCAUCCGUGCCUCAAAUGCGCAAUAUGACCCUCCAGAUGUUCUUCGUCGACUAGAUGCCCGCAUGCUCGAGCUCAGCCACGGUGAGAUCGGUUGGGACUGCUUUACACUGGAGUACAAGAUUGACGCCCCUGUUGAUGUGGUCAUCACCCCGUACGGGUCAACACAAUACCUGAAAGUUUUCAAUUUCCUCUGGCGCGUGAAGCGAGUCGAGUUUGUGCUAAGCAGUACCUGGCGUCGUUGCAUGACCGGAGCAAGAGGUGUCCUUGCACACGUAGACGACAAAGUCGGACCAGACUGGAAGCGCGCACGAUGUGUCAUUGCAGAAAUGAUUCACUUCGUUUGCCAACUUCAGCACUAUAUCGUUUUCGAGGUCAUCGAGUCAAGCUGGGAUACACUGCAGGCAGCCAUAUCUAAACCAGACUGCACGCUCGAUGAUCUCAUCAUGGCACACAAAGAAUAUCUAAAUUCCAUCACACACAAGGGUCUUCUCGGCUCCGCCUCCCCACGCUACGGCUCAUCAACCUCCACCUCCGCAAAACAACCCGAAGAAAGCUUUCUCUCCCAACUUCACCAAAUCCUCAAGAUCAUGCUUUCCUACAAGGAUGCCGUCGAUGGUCUAUACUCUUUCUCCGUAGCAGAAUUUACCCGUCGCCAGGAACUAAGCGCCAAAAUAGAGACCCGCACUGCUCAAGGCCGCUGGGGCGUGACAGAUCGUGACCUCAAACCCCGCCGAACAAAUAGUCGCGGCGGCACAUCUAUAGGCUCAACGCCAGAUAUUCGACCCGCCAGUGCUGGUCUUGAUGGAGUCGAUACUCCAGUCACACUUUCAGCACAAGAUCUCGCAGCCGAUGAUCACAUGCUUGCUUCUCUUCGUGUCCGACUUCGCGAUCUCUCUGCGGACUUCCGUUCUCGUCUGAACAUUCUACUAGGUGAUCUUGCCUAUCAGCCUGAUGUGGAUAUGCGGUUUUUGGGCGUCGUUAUGAAUUUCAAUGAUGUUUAUGAGCCUGUGAAACGGCGUCGGGCUGCUGGUCCCAGCUCAAGGGACAAGGAGAAAGAAAGGGAGAGAGAACGAGCGAAGCGUAGGGCGGCGGCUGCUGCUCAAGCUACCGGGUCAGGAACGGAAGGGAGUGGAAGUAUACCGAGAGAGCCUAGAAGAGAAAGAAAGGAUGUCCCGGAACAGAUGGCUAAUUGA